UAAAAAUAUCAAAGUCUUUUUAGAAGUUGCCAUGUCAUAAAUCAAGUUUGGUUUCAAAAAUGACUUAAUAAUCACUCCUUAAAAGCUAAAAAAGUGAUUUAUUACCAAAACCCAAACACACAAAACCCAACAAACUAAAAAAACGUUGACUUUUCAACUAACCACCAUCUCCACCGUCACCAUGAUCGCCGUUUACUCUUCCUUCUUCUUCCUCUUGAUCUCCUCCGUUCACUCCACACCAACGAUCUCAUUCAGCCCUCAAACCCUAAACCGAUCCGGCGACCCCGUCACGAUCCAAUGGACCGGCGUCGAAUCACCCUCCGAUCUCGACUGGCUAGGAAUCUACUCUCCGCCGGAAUCUCCCCACGACCACUUCAUAGGCUACAAAUUCCUCUCCGAUUCGCCCGAUUGGAAAUCCGGGUCGGGCUCCAUCUCCCUUCCUUUGACCAAUCUCCGAUCCGAUUACUCCUUCCGGAUCUUCCGCUGGACCCAAUCCGAAAUCAACCCCAAACGCAACGACCACGACCAUAACCCUUUACCCGGAACUCGCCAUCUCUUAACCGAAUCAAAACGGUUAAAUUUCCGGUUAUCUGCUAACCGGCCGGAGCAGAUCCAUUUAAGCUACACGGAUACGGUUAACGAAAUGCGAGUGAUGUUCGUUACAGGAGACGGCGUAGAGCGGAUAGCUCGAUACGGAGAGGUUAAAGAGAGACUAAACAACACGGCCACAGCGCGUGGAGUUAGUUACGAGAGGGAGCGUAUGUGCCACGCGCCGGCGAAUACAACGAUCGGUUGGAGAGAUCCAGGCUGGACAUUCGAAGCCGUCAUGAAGAGCUUGAAACCAGGAGUCAAGUACUAUUACCAGGUCGGGAGCGAGUCCAAAGGAUGGAGCGAGAUCCACAGCUUCGUCUCUCGUAACGACGAUUCAGACCAAACCUUAGCGUUCAUGUUCGGCGACAUGGGAUGCGCCACGCCUUACAGAACGUUCAUCCGCGGAGAAGAGGAGAGUUUAUCAACCGUGAAGUGGAUCUUACGUGACAUUAAAUCUCUAGGUAAUGAUAAAGCAGCGAUAGUGUCACACAUCGGUGAUAUAAGCUAUGCUAAAGGCUACUCGUGGAUAUGGGACGAGUUCUUCGCUCAGAUCGAGCCUAUUGCUUCGAAAGUCCCGUACCAUGUUUGCAUCGGUAACCACGAGUAUGACUGGCCUAUGCAGCCAUGGAAGCCGGAUUGGGCUGCGUACGUUUACGGUAAAGACAGUGGCGGUGAGUGUGGUGUGCCGUAUAGUGUUAAGUUCAACAUGCCUGGAAACUCAUCCGAAGCUAAGGUUCGGAACCUUUACUAUUCUUACGACAUGGGCUCGGUCCAUUUCGUUUAUAUUUCCACAGAGACGGAUUUUCUCAAAGGAGGGAAGCAGUAUCGUUUCGUCAAGAGUGAUUUAGAGUCUGUGAAUAGGAGCAAGACGCCGUUUGUUGUUGUGCAAGGGCAUAGACCGAUGUACACUACGAGUACUAAAGGUAGUGAUAUAGCGGUAAGAGUGAAGAUGAUUGAGCAUUUGGAACCGUUGUUCGUUGAGAACAACGUGACGGUUGCGUUAUGGGGACAUGUUCAUAGAUACGAGAGGUUUUGUCCCAUUAGUAACAACACUUGUGGUGAGCGUUGGCAUGGGAGCCCUGUUCAUCUUGUGAUCGGUAUGGCUGGGAAAGAGACGCAACCGAUUUGGGAACCGAGGCCUAAUCAUCCGGAUGUACCGAUCUUUCCUCAGCCUGCUCGGUCGAUGUACCGUGGAGGCGAGUUUGGGUACACUCGGUUGGUUGCUGAUAAGGAAAGGCUUACUAUUUCUUAUGUGGGGAACCAUGAUGGAGAAGUUCAUGAUGUGGUUGAGAUUUUGGCUUCAGGGGAAGUUAUUAGCGGUAGUAGUGAUGAUGAUGGUAAAGAUUCAAGCUUGGGAUCUAAAUCUGAAUUUGAGGUGUUGUGGUACAUUGAAGGAGCAAGUGUGAUGGUUUUGGGAGUCGUUUUGGGGUAUCUUAUCGGUUUCUUUAGUCGUCGAAAAAGAGAAGGAGCUGAUUCAUCUAAUACUGGUCGUUGGAUCCAAGUGAAGAACGAGGAGGAGACAUGAUUCAACUUGGACUUGUUUUUGUUGUACUUGUCCCACAAGUUAUGUAUAGCAUUCUUAUUAUAGAAAGGUACAUCCAAAAAGCUUAUCAACUAACCUCUUCAAGGCUUUGAAGGGUUUAGUUUUGCGAUAUUACUUUUGUAGAUUUUGUUUAAUAAAAAAAGAGAGGCUAUUUAAUUUUUA